AUGGACUUACUAUGGGUGAGGUGCACAUUAGAACACUACGACACGACAUCUGUUAAAAAUUUCAGUGGAUCUCUAUUCGUAGAUACAAGCGAUAACUCCUUCAAAAUUAUAUCUGCUGGAGGGGAAGAGCACAAAUUCUAUGCGAAUGAAUUCAACCGGUUGGGUAAGCCACCGAGUAGAACUACAGCCAAAUUAUUCGCUCUUGAAUUCAAUGUGUCGAAACAAUUACCAGCAAAGCAUCAUAGAAGGAAGCGAAAGCUAGUUUUUCGUGUAGCGGAGUUUUCUCAAAAAAUGAGAGAUGUUUAUGAUGAAUUAGCGAAAAUAUUCCCGAAAGGAGCAAGUCCGGAUCGUGAAGUACCGCCUAAAGUAACAUCUCCAGUAGGCAUGCUGCGUAGCCAUCCAGAAAGUAUCAAACGUAGUCGACCAGACAUCGUUGGGCGACCACCGUCUCUUACUACUGAGAAACCACAGCAAAGCGAGAGUAAGAAGCCAGGUGGCAUUCCCAUCUCUAAGCCACGAAGCCGAACCAGUCAGAAAAGCCAGCAAUCUAACCAUAUUGACAGUCGUGUGAAGAUCAACUGCUCAGGAUCAGCCACUCUGUUAGCUAACAGGACUGAGAUUGUGCAAAAUGAUGUCAUCGAAGAGCCAAGCACCUCCACAGCACUUGCCAAGAAUGGAGCUGGGGAAAUUUCGAAGCCAGUUCAUCAAAAAACGCUAAAGUACGAUGCUUUGGAAAGCUCAAGAAGCUCCGUUACCAAAGAGCAGGUUCUCUCUCCUAAAGAAGCUGCCAAGAAGACGAAUAACUCUGAACUGGGUACUCAAGGAAGUGUGAUAGCGCUUAUGGAGAAGAAAUCAUUGGAAAGCUGUGCUAUCAAAGUGACAGCGCCGUUCACUCCUCGCCCACACACCGUUGCCUUCAAGACAAAAAGAAGUAACUACAAUGAUUCUUCUUCUUCAUCGCUAGCGCGAAAGAUAGCCUACGAUUUCAGUCACGAUCAGGGCGAAGAUGAUGAUUUCGUAAAAGGAUUCAGCGGCCUCGGUUCAACAUCAUUUUAUGGCACUCCGAAAACACCUUCGAUGACUCCGAAAACACCUUCGAUUAGCAGACCUGGUCCACCGCGACGCCCAGGUGACAUCAUCAGUCCUCGACCACGGCUCUUGGCGGACUCGAUUUCUUCUUCUCGAUGUCUUCUGAGCCCUGCUUCGAGUAACAAAGGUUCUCUAAAUAGUUCGCAGCACAUUAGCAGAGAUGCAUUGACACCAAGUCGUAAGAGAAAGGAAGUCGACGCUUCUGAGAGCUCUCCUUCGCUCACUAUGUCCAUGCCUCCUUCUACAUCUGAACCUUCUCCAUACUCCUAUAGAGGACUGGAGAAUCUGACAAAUUCUUGUUAUAUGAACGCUACACUGCAAGCACUUGCGUCAGUCUUUCCGUUCUACUACCGCAUGCAGGUGAUACACCAGCGCCAGGAGGAGGGAUAUGAAUGUUCCGAGUUUGUGAAGCGAUUCAACGAUGUGCUGCAGAAUCUUGUUUCUCCAGACCGAAUUUUGGAUAACAAAUACGGAUCUGCUACAAAGAUCUCGGUUCUUGAAGCACUGAGAACGGCGGGGUGGGGUUGA